GAUAACUAAUCUAAAAUCUCCCAUUAGACACGUGGCAUAAGCUAGGGUUUUGGGGCUUGGCAAUGGAGAGGGCGAUCGGCGCUGCCGAUCCGAAAUAUGUGGCUGGAUCGAAGAUUAUCUGCGUUUCGUCGUGGGACAAUGCGCGGCAUUCGGCCGAGAUCAUCGAUCGCAGGGCCUCCAAGGAUGGAAUUGAGUACUACGUUCACUACAUUGAUCUGAACAAGCGCAUGGACGAGUGGGUUUCUCCAGGGCGGAUAGAGAGAUUGGACACGGAAGUUGCUCCAACGUUGAAGUCUAUGAUGGCUGAGAAGCUUGCUCCACUCACAAUUCCUGGCACACCGAAUUCAGGUGGACAGGGAUCCUGUGAUAGCAAGCACGACACUCCAGGCACGUCAGACAGGAAGCUCACCAGGAAUUUUAAGCGGAGAUAUGACGAGAUUCACAACGUCCAAAAGGGAGUGGACGAGCUUGCACCCAUCGAUCAAACUCUAGAAAAGGAGCACGAGGAGAAGACGAGGAUCAAGAACAUACAGGUUGUGGAACUGGGAAAAUAUGAGAUGGACACCUGGUACUAUUCGCCCUAUCCAGAUGAGUACGCGCACGAGCACAAGCUUUACAUUUGCGAGUUUUGUCUCAAGUAUGUCAAGAAGAGAAGAACUAUUGAGCAACAUAAGAUAACGUGCCACCUGAAGCGGCCUCCAGGCAAGGAAAUAUAUCGAAUGAGUGCCCAGUCCGACGAUGGAAGCGGCAAAGCUACUUUGGCUCUCUUUGAAGUGGAUGGGUUACUACAAAAGCUCUAUUGCCAGAACUUGUGCCUGUUUGCGAAGCUCUUUCUGGAUCAUAAGACUCUAUUUUAUGACGUCGAGGCUUUCUUGUUCUAUAUUCUCACCGAGAUUGAUGAAGACGGGUUCCAUUUAAUGGGAUAUUUUUCAAAGGAAAAGCUUUCACUGGAGGAGUACAAUUUGGCCUGCAUUUUAACGCUACCUCCUUUUCAGCGACGCGGAUACGGACGCUUGCUGAUUACUUUUGCGUAUGAACUUACAAAGCGCGAGGGUAAAUCGGGAACACCAGAGCGCCCGCUAUCUGACCUUGGGAAGGUUAAAUGUUCAAGCUUCGUUUUUAUUGCACCUUAUAUUUACUUGAUGCAGGUGAGCUUUAGAAGCUACUGGACACGAAUUCUACUGAGCAUUCUCAAGGAUCAUCGGGGAAAUUUGUCUAUAAAGGAUUUAAGUACCAUGACAGCCAUUCGCACUGACGACAUUGUUCAAACUCUUCAAUCUCUGAAUCUUAUCAAGUACUGGAAAGGCCAGCACAUUCUUUCAGUUACAGCACGCGUGGUUGACGAGCAUUUGAAGAAUGUCGGACCACAACCAACCUGGAGCAUUGAUCCAGCGAAGAUGAACUGGACUCCAACAACGUAUGCAAUCAAAAGGCCACGGUGACGUAGUUUAGAGGGACCGAAGGAGGACUGUAAGAGACAUGAAUAGGACUACGGAUGAUGCAGCUGUGACAGUUGAGAGCAGGGACAAGAUUAUAAGAACUUUGCUCGGCCUCA